AUGUCCAGAGGAGAGCGGGACAAUGGGAAAAAUGGCACUGGCUACAAGGAGGACAAUAUUAGAAACAACCGGGACCAGGAUUCAGAGGGAAAAGCACAUAAGAGAUCGGAGACCAUUAACUGUGGUGUGAGCCUAAGGAAGAAGGUGAGCAAAGCGGAGAAGCCUCCCCUGGAGCAGCUGUACCGGGAGGGCCCGCUGCUGGGGAGCGGCGGCUUCGGCAGCGUUUACGCCGGGACCCGGCUCGCCGACGGCGUCCCGGUGGCCAUCAAGCGAGUGUCCCGGGACCGCGUCUUGGAGUGGGCGCGGCUGCACGACGGCGCCCUUGUGCCCCUGGAGCUGGUGCUGCUCUGGAUGGCGUCGUGGCCCGGCUUCCGCGGCAUCGUGCGGCUCCUGGACUGGUUCGAGCUGCCCGACGGCUUCGCGCUGGUCAUGGAGCGUCCGGAGCGCUGUCAGGACCUCUGGCACCUGCUGCACGCGGGGGGGUUCCUGCCAGAGCCCGUGGCGCGGGCGCUGUUCCGGCAGGUGCUGGGGGCCGUGCGGCACUGCACCAGCCGCGGCGUCCUGCACCGCGACAUCAAGGCCGAGAACAUGCUCGUUGACCUGGCCACCGGCGAGGCGAAGCUCAUCGACUUCGGCUGCGGCACAAUCCUGCAGGACACCUUCUACACCCAGAUGGCCGGAACGCGGGAGUACUACCCACCGGAGUGGAUCCUCUUUGGCCGCUACCAUGGCCAGCCAGCCACCAUCUGGUCCCUGGGCAUCCUGCUCUAUCAGCUGGUGUGCAGGCACCUUCCUUUCAAAAGCAGAGAGGACAUCGUCCGGGGACAGCUCUUCUUCCCGCCCCGGGUGUCUCAAGAGUGCCAGCACCUGAUCAGGUGGUGCUUAUCCAUGGACCCUGCAGACAGGCCAUCCUUGGAUGACCUUUUAGAACAUUCU